AUGGCCCGCACGGAGGACGUGUUGCAAACGGUCCGUCUCGUCAUCGUCGCGACGGCGGCCGUUGUUUCGUCGGUCGUGGCCGUGCUGCUCUUCCGACGGAUCCCCGACCCGAGAGCCGGUACCGACCACCGCCGACGGCGUCUCCGGACCAACCGACCGCCGCUGCCGCCUCCCCAUGCGACAGGUCCCGCUCUCUACUUUGCAGUCAUAAUGACGGACUGGCUCUUCUCCGUGACCGCGGCCGUGAGUCAGUCGAUGGAUAUGGUCAUGGGCGCCGGUGUGAAGCUCCGGACGGUCGUAGGCGCCACUGUCGAUGCCCUCUAUCACGUGAGUUUCCUCGUGAUGCUGCUCUGGGGUGUCGUGCUGGCGCUCUUUGUCGUACGGACACAGUACUGGACGCAUACAUUUGAUGCCACGAGUCGGCCGUACAAGAGGUUCUCGGUCCGCUGGAGCUGGAUCUCAAUCUGGACCAUUGGCCUCGGCUGCGGUCUACUAUCGACGGCGCGACUCCAAGCGAACAUCACAGACAGCGACGUCACAAAUAAGCUGGCCAAUUGUCAGCGCUACUUGUUCCUCUCGGUUUAUGGCGUGUCGGUAGGCUGUAUCGUUGUGGCCAAUGUUGUCUUGUACGUACAGAAGAAUCGUUUGAGCUGUAGGGAGCUCGCUUUAGACCCAGCUACGAUUACGACAGAGCAGUCGCUCAGCAGCGGCUCGGCUUUGACGUCAACGAAGACUUGGGAGAUGGAAGCACAACAGGCUCUUCGAAGAGCUCACGAAAAGUUGAUGCACUACUUCUUGGUAGUGCAAGUGCUGCAGUUCCCGAUAAUGCUGUGUUAUGUUCUUGGCAAAGGUGUGAUGAGCUACGCAACGUAUGAGGUGGCGAAGUGUAUUUUGUUUUGUGUGCCGUUGGGUGAUGCCAUAAUUUUUGGCUUGAAGCAUCUGGGAGAAUCUCAGUUUCCCCACGAUGAAGACGAGCUACGUGACAACCAGACUGUGCUGCAGUCCACUAGCUACAGUUCAAGACACGCAGAACGCCAUCGAAAUGUCGUUGGCGCAGGUCCAUUUGCUGCUAGCGGCAGCACUGGCGUUGCGAACGCGUUAGCUGUGUCUUACCGUGCCGUGUUUGGAAGCAGUGCUGCCAGCGUUGAUGCUGGAAAAGAAGUGGUCAAGAGCACGCAUGUGGUGAACGAGGCAGUGACGCUAGAAGAGUUGAAUGGCUUAUCCAAUGUAUCUUUCAUCGCAGAAGGAGCAGCUGGCAGCGUUUACAAGGCACAUUGGCUGGGAAUCGAAGUAGCAAUGAAAGUCAUUAAGCUCCCGGAAGCAGGAGCAGUAGGCUUGGUCGAUGCGGAGCUUUACCGCACAAUUAUCCAGAACUCAGAGGAAGCGUUCAUCGAAGAGGCCAAGCUAUGCUCUCGACUGCGUCAUCCAAACAUUACGUUGUUUAUACGAGUCGGAUACUUUGAAGGCAAAUUGGGUAUUCUGACGGAGUAUUGCUCAAGAGGAAGUUUGAAAGAUGUACUCAAGUGUCACUUUCCACUCGGUUGGCGGCGCAAGGUGGCGCUAGCUCUCCACAUUUCAAAGGGUUUGACGUACUUGCAUGCGUGCAACCCGACGUACAUUCACCGCGAUCUCAAGGCAUCUAAUAUUCUGGUCACCGAGACGUGGCAGGCCAAGCUGGCAGAUUUCGGCAUUUCGAAGGUGUCGAAUUUCGUCAACCGCGUGCGGUACAGCGAGCGCACUGUCGCGAGAGCAGAGCAGAAUACGAGUCUGUCAGAUGAAGUCACUUCAUUUGCCGGCACAUGGCGCUGGAAUGCCCCGGAAAUAUUGCAGGAUCCGCACAAUUGUCGGUACAGUCGCGCGACGGACAUGUAUUCUUUCGGCAUGGUGCUGUGGGAAAUUGCCACCAACGGUGCUGUUCCCUUUAGCGACAACAAGUUUGAUUUUGAGGUCCGCGAGAAGGUACUCGCGGGACAACGUCCGCCGAUCAAUGCUGGACAAUGCUGCCCACAGCGUUUUGCGCAACUGAUCGAGGAAUGCUGGGCGCAAGACCCAACUGACCGUCCAUCAGCACCCCUUACUGCCGAGAUUCUCAACUCCAUUUUGAGCAGUAUGUCGAAAGACUCGAACGAGUUUGCUACAAUGGCAUCAGUAUCAGCGUCCGACUACACGAACAGCAUUUUUUCGUCUCUACGACACGGUGACGGCACGUCCGAUCUGGAUUACCGUCCUAGCUCUCUCGUGGGACAGCGCAUCACGAACUUUUUUCGCGGCCGUUUCUCUGCUCUCAGUAGCGCUGGCAGUGCGACGAGCGAAGAGUACCACGAUCACCAGAGCACUGAGCAGUUUUACAAGUUCAUGUCUCCCUAUGCCGGAACAGACAGCAUCAGUAUGUUGAGCGCUCGAGGCAGUGCCGCAAUGGAGGCAAGCCCAGCAAAUGCUGAGUCAUCGGGUCUCCCCAUAGUGGGCCUUCCGAACGAUAGCCGACGUGGCGAUGGUUUCAUCGGAGGACGACUUUCGUCCUUGGACGAGUACGACAUUGAGACGAUCGGUAUCAUGUCCGACGUGACCGUUGGAGUGGGAACGACGCACGGCAAAAAAGUGCCAGACGAAGGUCUUUUCAUGUUGCCGCUCUCCCGCCCGGGUGAUCGCGUGAGCCGUGGACGUGUAGGAGUCAGACAAAGUGACGACCGCCAACCGAUGGAGGACGGCGCUGAGUUUGCGCUCGAUGCGAAUGGCCGGAUAAGCCACUUCCAGUACUGA